GCGAUUUAUUUCGCGUACAAUCAUCCCCAAGGAUAUUGUACACACUGCUAGUGCAUGGAGGGCGGCUACCACCGACUGGGGAAACCGUUGCGCUCGUGUGUGCGGGACCUCGAAGUCGACCGUAUUCCGAUGGGCUAUGGUCCCCACCUGGCUCGGCUAUUUUCAGAUCACCCAUCACCCACUGACCGUCAGGCAUGUUCCGGGGAUUCAAGGUUCAGCGUGGCAGGAACGGCGGUCGGAUUUGCAGGAAGAACGAUGAGGACAAUAUUGGAUACCUCGCGUCGCAAUUCUCGACCGAGUCAGAUCGAAUAACAGGCUCCUCCUUUCUGCCGGUCUCAGGAUCCGAUCUCUCCGAAAGGCCUGACAACAGCGCACGCGACCUUUAGCACCAUACACAUCUUCGUGCUCCAAAUGAGCACUCGGCACUAUGAACGCUAGCCGGUCAUGGCAUUGCUGUCCAUCUUGGUGUCACGUUCAUAGGUAUCUGGGGCACCAGGCGACGACAAGUCAUCCCCGACCCAGCUAUAUGGGCCCCAAUAUCUUACAGCGGAUUUUAACGCCCCAAACUAACCGCGUAACUACGUCAAUCCAGGUGCAUUGCUGUCCAACCCCUGGUGAGGGUUGGAGGGAGCCUAAUUUGCUGUACACCUACGGAUGAGAGGCGAACUUUCAACUGAGGAGGAAGAAGCCGAUGAGCCGUCAUGUCUCCCACCCGCCUACGCUUUGCGAUGCCCGACUUUGCCUACCACCGGUCUAGACUCGAGUACGACUUCAGGA